GACUAGGUAUUUUAAAAUUGAACAAAAAUAUUUUUAAAUACUCCUUAACCACUCAAGCAACUAAAGAGUGCUCAAACACUCCUAAAGGCACUCAAGUGGCACAAAGAUUUCAAUCUCCGCAAAUAUUUUUAUUUUCAUAUUUUAAUUGAUUUUAUUCUAGAAAUUCGAGUUUGAAUGCUAAAAAUGGUUUUGAACUUUUGAUAUGCUUUUUGCAAAAACCUAAUUUGCCUUUCUAAAUCCAAAAUUCUCAAAUACAUUUGUUUUUGCAUUUGUUGAGUUGAGAAGAAGAUUUAUAUCUACCGGUGUUUAAAAGAUCCAUUAGAAGUACAUCACAAAUGUGAAGUUUAGUAUAGAUUUUAAAAAGUAAAACUUAAAGAUAACAUGCAUCAAGUAAAUUUGUAUAUUAUUUUUUUGAAUAAUGGAUUUGUAAUUAGAAAUCUUGGACCUCGGGAUUUUUAUGUACGUUGAAAUCUUAUGUCUUAUGUUUUGAUUAUUCUUUACAAGUCCCUAUUUCAAGAAGAAAAAGUUAAAUAAUUAAAAAUAAAUUAUUUUUGGGUAAAAGUUUCAAAACACCUUUUUCAUAAUUUAUAGAUAUUAAUUAAACUUUUAAGCUUAUAUAGUUUGAAACUUGAAAGGUGAAAGUGUCUUCUCCGCAGGCACAUAUAAAAAAUAAAAAAUUAAAAAAAAUCAACUUUUUGAAAGAAUAAUUUUGUUAUUAUUUAACACACCGUGGAAUUUUAAUUUAAAUUAAUUUCUCCUUUUUUUUUUUUUCAUUUUUCAAUAUAUUCUGAAGAAAAAAAAAAAACAAAGAAGCCGAAAUUCUCUUUGGAAAAUUGAAUGCAUAUAGAACUAUGGAGCAUGCUUCAUAUUACGAAAUUUCACGAAUUCUCACUCUCCAUUACCAAAACCUUCCUCUAGGGUUUCAUCCUCUCCGAUUCAUGCUCUGAUCCAAAUCUCUCCUUCAAUAUUUGGCCUUUUUUUCCUUCCUUCUUCACACAAUUUUAUUUUUUUUGGGUUCAAUUUGGGGUUAAUUGACCUACUUUUUCUCGUCUCAAAACCCUAAUUUUCAAAACCCACAUGCUAAAUUUUCUUCAGAAUGGCUGUUCCUAGAUGGGUUACUUUUUUCUAGGGUUUUUGAAUUCUGGGUCAAUCAAUGGGUGCCCUAACUAGCAAUCGUAAGCGCGGUGACGAAUGUUUCACCUUGAAUCAUACGUUCUUGUCUCCGUAUCCUCAAGAUUUGGACCGUAGAAUCGAUUCUCACAUUUCCAAGAAGCCUAGGCUUUCAUCUAUGCCACAGACCCCGGACCCUGCCGUUUCGUCGAGAAGUACUGCUUCAAGAAUUCAGCGGUACCCCGAGCCGACGGCGAAGUUGCGUAGGGAAGUUCAUGCCCCGUGUAGAGUGGUCAAAUUCGGAUUUGCAGCGAGUUCAAAUCGGGAGUCGAGGUUAAGGAUUGGUGAGGUCGACGAGAAGGUAGGUUUGAGUAACGUUAUGGGGAAUGUUCUUAGCUCUCAAUAUGAAAAGGCAAAAAAUACUGCAAUUCAAGCGUUACGGUACUUCAGGAAGGAUAAGGAGGUGAUUGAUGUGGGAAAUGAGCGAGGUGAAGAUUUAGCGUCGGAAGAUUCAAGUAUAGAAGAGAUUGAGGCUGUGGAAGAUGGGCGAGAAGGGCGGUCUGUGGUUUCAGAUGAGAGGUCACGGGGGGCUGAUGGGGCGGCUGUUCCCGAUAUCCAGGAAUUGGAAACAAAAAAUUUCGACCGGCGGCUUUGGCAGUCUUCUUCUUCUGGUGUUACGGAAUUGAGUAAUGUUAAUUUGAAGAUGUUGGAUUCAUUGACUCUGCGUGAGACGGAUGUUGAGUUAGGAGUGCUUCCGCACAAAAAGUGGUUGGAUUCUGCUGAGAAACGGAAUUCCAAAUUGAGAGAUUUGAGUGUUCAAAUUAAGUUUUUGGAGGCUCAACGAUCUUCAUUGCAUGCAUUACGCCCUGCAAAGAAACCAGAGGAGGAGGUACCUAGAGAACCUUUCCUCCCUCUUACACAGGAGGAAGAGGCCGAGGUUGAUCGUGCCUUAUCUUCCAUAAAUAGGAGGAAGGUAUUGGUCACCCAUGAGAUCUCCAACAUUGAGAUUACAGGAGAAAUAUUGCAAUGCCUUCAACCCACUGCAUGGUUGAACGAUGAGGUCAUAAAUGUGUACCUCGAGUUACUGAAAGAGAGAGAAAAGAGAGAACCGAAAAAGUUUUUGAAAUGUCAUUUCUUCAACACAUUCUUUUAUAAAAAGUUAAUAAGUGGGAGGAAUUCCUAUGACUAUAAAUCUGUUAGAAGAUGGACUACGCAAAGGAAGUUGGGAUACAGCCUUAGUGAAUGUGACAAAAUAUUUGUCCCCAUCCAUCAAGAGAUACAUUGGUGCUUAGCGGUUAUCAAUAAACAGGAUAAGAAGUUCCAGUAUCUUGAUUCACUCAAAGGAAUGGAUACCCGAGUGCUGAAAGUAUUGGCUAGAUACUAUGUGGAUGAAGUGAAGGACAAGAGUGAGAAGGACAUUGACCUGAGUUCUUGGGAGCAAGAAUACGUAGAAGACCUUCCUGAACAGAAGAAUGGGUACGACUGUGGCAUGUUCAUGAUCAAAUAUGCUGAUUUCUAUAGCAGAGGCAUAGAGCUCUGUUUCAACCAGGAACACAUGCCCUAUUUUCGGUUGAGGACUGCUAAGGAGAUUUUAAAAUUGAAAGCCGACUAAUCAUGUUAUUCUGGCUAUAUGAAUACCUUGUAGUAAUCCCUCAUUAUUUUGAGGACAGUUCUGCACUGAAGGAUGAGUGGUUUUGAAAAAUUGAUAAUCCCAUUUUGACAAGGAUUGCUUCACUUUACCAAAUCCUGAAGCAGUAGCCUUUGCAGGGGUUCUGGUUUGUUGGAUUGGACAAAUUGGUCAAGAUUAUCUUGUUGAGACAACCCAGGUAAGCUUUAAUUAAAGUGUACGAGGCAGGAUGGGAACUUGUAUAUACUACAUAUUAAGUGCCAGUAUUGAGUUGUGAGACAUUUUUUGUCAGUAGGGAGUUUUCUGAGUGUUGAGCUGUGUGUUAAUUUUUAAGAUGUGAGGCUCAUUGUUUUUUCUUUUUCCUUCUGCUGGGUCCAUAGUGGCAUCCCAUAGCUUAUUUCACCAGAUUCUCAUCAAUUCAUAAAUGUACUGAGAGGUUUCUCCGUUUACUUCUUUUGGGAAAAAAGAGAAAUACUUGUUUAGAUUUUUGGAAA